UACUGAUCAGUGGAUUACACUGCUGCCUGAUUCCUGAUGAUUUUGUAGGAGCUAGAGCCCAUGGUGAUAUUAUAAUUGGUGGUCUGUUUGCAGUACAUGGUAAAAUGGUCAACUCUGCUAAGGGAUAUCCCCAAAAGCCUGCUAUCCAGAACUGUGAAGGAUUUGAGAUGCAGGGGUUCUUACAAUUACUGGCCAUGGCUCAUGCUAUAGAUAUGGUAAACAAUUCAUCACUCAUACCUGGAAUAAAACUCGGAUAUGAAAUUUAUGAUACUUGUUCCGAAGCCACAUUGGCAGUAUCAGCAGCACUACGUUUCCUGUCUACAUACAACUCUUCUGUGGAACUGUUGACAUUCAAGUGCAAUUAUUCAGAUUAUACACCCAAGGUUAAAGCCGUCAUUGGAGAUAGUUAUUCAGAAGUUUCUAUUGCUGUUGCGAGGUUGCUUAACACUCAACUCAUCCCACAGAUUAGCUAUUCAUCAUCUGCUGAAAUACUGAGUGAUAAAUUUCGCUUUCCUGCCUUCAUGAGGACAAUACCAAAUGAUUCCUACCAAACUAGGGCCAUGGCAAAGCUCAUUCAUUUCUCUGGCUGGAAUUGGAUUGGAAUUAUAGUCAUGGAUGAUGACUAUGGGCGAUCAGCUCUAGAGAGCUUUAGCAUCCAGGCUGAUAAAAUCAAUGUCUGCAUUGCUUUCAAAGAAAUCAUCCCUGCUCACUUAUCUGACGGCACAGUACAAGUCCGCAUAGAAGAAACCAUCAAUAAAAUAUUAAGCGAAACUAGAGUAAAUGUCAUUGUGGCUUUUUUGAAACCUUCACUUUUAUUAAAACUUUUUAUAAAGGUCAGGGAGAAGAAAAUACAAAGGACAUGGAUAGCUAGUGACAGCUGGUCUAUAGCCAAAGGAGUCAGUAGCAUACCAAACAUUCAGAACAUUGGACAAGUCAUUGGAUUUACAUUUAAGAGUGGAGAUACUACAUCCUUUCAGGAUUACAUCAAAAAUCUAAAUCAGCAAAAAUUUGAGAUGAAUCGUCUAUUGGACCAGUUUGCAGUACUUAUGUCUGAUUGUCCUACAGUGAAAUACAACGAUCUCUAUGGCUGUGUUACCAAUUAUUCCAAGGAAGCCAUGUUCAGGACACGCACAGUGAAAGCCAAGUCUCUCAGAGUUGAUUUUCUUUCAGCUACUAUACACCCAGGCUUUGUCUACAGUACUCAGCUGGCAGUGAUUGCUAUAGGACAUGCAAUUCAGAAGCUAUGUUUGUAUCGGAACUGCAAAAAUCCUAAUGCAUUUGCACCAUGGGAGCUUCUACAGUCACUGAAGACUGUAAAUUUUACCUAUAUGGGAAGGACUGUUAAUUUUGAUUCCAGAGGAGAUGCAAAUUCUGGAUAUGAUGUAGUGAUCUGGAAAGUGGGUCCUGAUGGAAAGAUUAAUUUCACUAUAUUUGCUGAAUAUGAUAACGAAAAAGACAUCUUCCUAUUCAACAGCCAGGAUAACAAGAAUGAGUUUAAACAUUUGAAGAAGAUCCAAUCUCGAUGUUCAGAUGAAUGUAAACCCGGGCAAAUGAAGAAAACAUCAGCAAGUCAACAUACAUGUUGUUAUGAAUGCGUAGCAUGUCCAGAAAAUCACUAUACCAGAGAAUCAGAUAUGGACUUUUGUAUCCAGUGUAAUAACAAGACUCACUGGUCUCCAGUCAACAGCUCUGUAUGUCUCUUGAAGAAAAUAGAAUUUCUUCGCUGGGAUGACGGUUUGGCAAUUAUCCUGCUUAUCAUUUCAUUUGUUGGAAUUUUUCUUAUUUUCACGAUAGCAGUCCUGUUUGCUAAGAACUUUGAUACACCAGUGGUGAAGGCAUCUGGAGGCAUUCUUUGUUAUGUCAUCCUCAUUUCUAUCCUUUUAAGUUUUGUUAGUGCAGUCUUCUUUAUUGGCAAACCAGUUGAUUUCAAGUGCAAAGUGAGGCAAACUAUGUUUGGUAUUAGUUUUACAGUAGUAGUGGCAUGUAUUUUACUUAAGUCAAUCAAAAUAUUGUUGGCUUUUACAUUUGAACCAAGAGUUCACAGCAUUUUAAAAUUUCUAUAUAGACCAUUUACUCUAGUAUUUGUCUGCACUGGAAUUCAGAUGAUUAUUUGCACCACUUGGCUGGUAUUUUGGUCUCCCUAUAUCAAAGAGAAUUUUUCUCUUCCAAGAACAAUCAUAUUGGAAUGUGAUGAAGGCUCUACAGUGGCAUUUGGUAUAAUGCUAGGAUACGUUGCUGUCUUGGCUUUUGCAUGUUUUAUUUUUGCAUUUAGAGGCAGAAAACUGCCAGAAAACUACAAUGAAGCUAAAUUUAUUACAUUUGGUAUGUUGAUUUACUUUAUUGCAUGGAUAACUUUUAUUCCAAUAUAUGUUACUACAUUUGGUAUCUACUUACCAGCUGUGGAAAUGAUAGUAAUACUUAUUUCAAGCUAUGGCAUUUUGUCAUGUACAUUUUUACCAAAGUGUUACAUUAUCUUAUACAAACAGGACACCAAUACAAAGUCUGCUUUCCUCAAAAUGAUCUAUAAAUAUUCUUCCAAAAGUGCUAGCACUCUUACAGUAAGUCAGAUUCCUUCCAGUUCUCUGGCAUUACCUGAGCGGUAUGGUCCCAUACAAGACGAAACAAAAAUACCAGGUAUAUCGUCUGUGAGUUGUAUAAGCAAUAGCUUUUCCUUUCAUGAGAUGCUUGUGACAACAGACAUCCCUACUACAAGAAACAGAACCCUCACAAGGAAAAGGUUGUCUAGUAUUUGAUGCACCAGUAACAAAAUGUAAAUUUUUCAACUUGAAAACAGAAGACAACUAUAUUGUAGAAUGGACAAUUCUUAAAAUAACCCUUUCGUCCCAAACAAAACAUUGGAAAUGUAUAGUUAAUGUAUCUGGUGCCUUCCUCUGAGAUUACGGUACUUCCAUUGCCAAGUUCUGAUGUCCCAACUUCUACUUCAUAAAAUCAUCGCUGGAGUCUUAGAACUGCCAAUGGAGCGACUCUCAAUAAGCAACACGUCCCCACUCGAUUGCUUUAGAAUGAAGCAAUGAUUACACCUGCAGGGGAAGACACAUAUGGGGUGGAGAUAACACCAACAUCGUCAGCAAAGAAUCGGUCAAGGGCAAUGGAGAGGAGUAUGUCUUAAGGUGGUCAUACAAAUGAUUUCAACUAAAUCAUUCAAGAACUAAAGAUCUUUCUUUGAAAGAAUGUUCUUAAAAAGAUAUUUCAUCCAUUAAAUGGUUUCAUUGAAUGUGUAUGGGUAGUCUGAACAACUGUAAUAGCCAAUAUAGUCUAGAAUGUGUAUGGCCAUGUCUUGGAAACAAACAUUCACCAGAUGUUUGUUUGUUCAACUACUGUUCAAUUGUCAACCAACUUCUAAGGCACAUGGCCUCCACUUGCUGAGAGUUACUCCAUCUGCAGGUCUAACACUCUGGUGGAUAAUUUGUAAAGAAUAAGUUGGGGACCAGAAGUUGGCAACAAGGCAUUAUAAUUCCAGCAGAAUGCACUAUGUACGUUGACACCUUUUUAAUGUAUACUCAAAUUUUAGUUAGGGACUGGAGGAUCACUUUAAAGAAGCCCAUUACUCAAAUGUCUAGCUAACUUAUGCCUGCUUCUUACAAAUCUAGUGUUAGAAGUAUGCUUAUUGAUAACACUAUUAACUUUAGAAGUACUGUAUGUGAUUAGAGCCAUGUGUGGCUUAUAAGGGAGUGGGUCACCAAGAUGAAUCAAACCAG